CGUUCGUUCAUGUUGAAGAUCACGUCCCGCCCCGCCUUCAUUCUUUCUUUCUUCCUCCCUCUUUUUGUCUCUGCGCCGGGAGGAAGAGCGAGGGAAGGCCUCUUGUCCGGACUCCCGACGGCUCGCGUCCGGAAACUCAGUUGCAGAUCUUUAUUGGUUUGAUCUCUCAUCUUCUCGGUGUACUUGAAAGCGCGCUAAGAUGUUUUGUCUUUGAUAACUGAAUCAUACUGAUUUCCUUAAUUCUGAUCAGCCAUUUUCUUCGUUCGGCCUUCGAAAGCAUUCUUGGAGUAAGUUCGUCAGUAUCACUAUGAAGGCCCUCAUUCUCGUAGGAGGUUUUGGCACUCGUCUGCGUCCGCUUACUCUUAGUUUCCCAAAACCUCUAGUGGACUUUGCCAAUAAACCAAUGAUCCUUCAUCAGAUUGAAGCUCUAAAGGCUGUUGGAGUAACUGAAGUUGUGUUGGCCAUCAAUUACCAACCAGAGGUGAUGCUUAACUUCUUGAAGGAGUUUGAGUCAAAGAUUGGCAUUAAGAUCACCUGCUCACGGGAGACUGAACCACUGGGAACUGCUGGUCCCUUGGCCCUAGCAAGGGAUAAGUUGAUCGAUGGCUCCGGAGAGCCAUUCUUUGUCCUCAAUAGCGAUGUUAUCAGUGAAUUCCCACUUAAAGAAAUGAUUGAAUUUCACAAAUCCCACGGUGGAGAGGCAUCCAUUAUGGUCACCAAGGUUGAUGAGCCAUCCAAAUACGGUGUGGUUGUUCUUGAUGAGCAAACUGGGAAGGUCGAUAAGUUCGUGGAGAAACCAAGAAUUUUUGUGGGAAACAAGAUCAAUGCUGGGAUCUACUUACUGAAUCCUGCAGUUUUAGAUCGGAUUCAAUUGAGGCCAACCUCGAUUGAGAAAGAAGUCUUUCCGAAUAUUGCAGCAGAAAACAAACUGUAUGCAAUGGUCUUGCCAGGGUUCUGGAUGGAUAUUGGACAGCCAAGGGAUUACAUCACAGGCCUGAGACUCUACCUGGACUCCCUUCGCAAGACAUCAUCUCCUAUGCUGGCCUCUGGUCCUGAAAUUGUCGGAAACGUCCUAGUCGAUGAAACCGCACAGAUUGGUGAAGGCUGCCUGAUUGGCCCCGACGUGGCCAUCGGACCCGGCUGCGUCAUUGAAUCUGGUGUUCGUCUCUCGCGCUGCACUGUGAUGCGAGGAUCACGCAUCAAGCAGCAUGCCUGCAUUUCCAGCAGCAUAGUUGGGUGGCAUUCGACCGUCGGUCAGUGGGCUCGCAUCGCGAACAUGACCAUACUGGGCGAGGAUGUCCAUGUCUCGGACGAGAUAUACAGCAAUGGAGCUGUUGUACUUCCCCACAAGGAGAUCAAGUCCAACAUUCUGCAUCCCGAAAUCGUGAUGUAACUUGAUUGAUCAAUGCAGUAGAUGACUAAAUGAAAUGCAACGAGAAAGGGGGGAGUAACUCCAUUCAGUUGGUGUUGAUCACGGUUCCCGUGAAAGUCCUGUCCGUUCCGUCCCCAACUGUAAAGAAGUAUCUAUGUGAGAGAGGGAGAGAGAGAAAGAGAGGUCUGGUCUUUGUUAGAUGUACACAAGCAUCUUAGUUUUCUUACUGAAUAGUCACUGUUUGUCUGA